UUCGUCCCGACAGCACGAGAGCAGGCUCGGGCGGCGGCGUCUGACAACCCAGCGCCGGCGGCGGUCGUGCCCUCUAGUAACCCCUGGUCCGCGCGCCACGUGCGGUUGGGUCGCUUGCUGCUUGGUGUCCGGACGCUGUAGGCGCUGCUCGCCGUGCCGGGCGAGGGGAUCCGACAUCUGCUGCGGCGGCACAUGCGACGUGUCAGCCCGGUCUCUGAUCCUGCCGGUCCGUCAUCCCAGCGAGCUUUGGAGCGUGAUCGGGUCACGGCGGACGGCGGAGCUAGGGACCUUCGGACGACCCGGCGGGUUCGUUCCGCUCGCCGCCGCACGCGCGGUUGAUUGGCCUUUCAGCCCCAACCACAAACAAAGCAAAGCCCUUCUUGCUGCUACGGGUCCGAAAGGGAGCCCCAGAGCGAGCAGCAUAUCCGCUGCACGAUUCCGCGGAUAAAACCGUCGCUUUUCCGGUAAACGGCGGCGGCGAAAAUGAUCUCCGCAGCACCGUACGUGCCCCCGUCGUCGCUGCUGGUUUGCUGCCCCCCCGAGAACUCCUGGGUGCGUGCGUGCGUGGCGUGGCUCCCGGCCAUCACCCGUGUCGAUGCCAUGGAGAUUAGAGAGAACCAACCAUAUCGAUCAUCUCACGCAGGUGUCAAGAUCAGCGCGCAUUGACCUGUUUGCUGGAUCAGUGGAUGAAGUGAGACUAACGUUUGGACCGCGCCACCGAACACGAGCUGCCACACUGUAGCACAGCAGUAGUACCUAGACAGCCUGCUGCAGCUCACUGUUCAUGGUUUGACGCCACGCCACGCCGCUGCCUCUGCCUGUCUCCAAUCCAAUCGUGAGAUGUGAAUGUGAUGUGCACUGGCUGAACUGUCUCCUGCAGUUCCAGGACAGGGAACUGGGAACUGGAUGGGAUUCGAUCUCGACACGUUCCAAAGCAAGCCGUCUCGUCGAGAGCCACUGCAAACGGCACGACACAGGCUAGUAGAACGGCCCGCGAGCUAAACCAGGAGAGGGUGAGUUGGUGAUCGCGUCCAUCCCAACUGUCGAUUACCAGGAAGCCGGCGAGGACGGACGCCGUGAAUAGCUUCCGAAACAAACACGGCACGCCGUCACCAGACGCGCCUGGGGCCUGGGCGCGCUCAUCCCAUGCUUGGCUCCGCCUCCGCCGGCGGACUCGGCUAGCUACAAAUAACGGCCCGCGGCUCGCUCGGCGCCCGGAACGCACGCUCCGCGCCGCAGGCGCCCAAUCCACAACAGCGACGUCGCGCGGCCAGCCAGCACCGGCAUGUCCACGGAGCCCCUCCUCCUCCCCGGCGCCGCCGGCGCGAAGGCGGCGGAGCAGCAGCAGAGGAAGGGCCGGCGCGUGGGCAUCGACGAGGCGCUGUCGGCGCACGCGGGGGAGUUCGGGCGGUGGCAGCUGCGGCACUUCGUGCUCGUGUCGGCGGCGUGGGCGCUGGAGGCGCUGCACACCAUGGUGAUCAUCUUCGCGGACCGGGAGCCCGCCAUGGUCUGCGCCGCCGCGGGCGGCGCCGGCUGCGGCGACCGGUGCGCGGGCGCGGCGGCCGGGUGGGAGUGGGCCGACGGCGCCGCGUCGUCCACCGUCGCCGAGUGGGGGCUCGUCUGCGGCGAGCGCUACAAGGUCGGGCUCGCCCAGGCCGUCUUCUUCGCCGGCUGCAUGAUCGGCGCCGGCGUGUUCGGGCACCUCUCGGACUCGUUCCUGGGCCGGAAGGGCUCGCUGCAGGUGGUCUGCGUCCUCAACGCCGCCUUCGGCCUCCUCACCGCGCUGGCGCCCAACUACUGGGCCUACGCCGCGCUGCGCCUCCUCACGGGCUUCAGCACCGGCAGCGUCGGCGUCCUCGCCUUCGUCCUCGCCACCGAGCCCAUCGGGCCCUCCCGCCGCGGCGCCGCGGGGAUGUCCACCUUCUACUUCUUCUCCGGCGGCAUCGCGGCCCUCGCGGGCGUCGCCGCGCUCUUCCCGCGCUCCUGGCGCACGCUCUACGUCGUCACCUCGCUCCCGUCCCUCGCGUUCGUCGCCGCCGUCGUGCCCUUCGUCUCCGAGUCCCCGCGGUGGUACCUUGUGCGGCGCCGGGCCGACGACGCCAUGCGCGUCGUCCGCGCCAUCGCGGCAGCCAACGGCAGGGCCGUCCCCGACGACGUCGCGCUCAAGCUCGACGACGAGGACGAGGAAGGGAAGGGCGCCGAUGGCCCGGCGGACGCCUCCUCGGGCUCCAUCGUCGACGUGUUCCGGUCGGGGACCACGCGGGUCCGCCUCGUGCUCUCGGUGCUCAUCAACCUCCUCGCCUCGGUGGUGUACUACGGCCUCAGCCUCAACGUGGUCAACCUCAAGACCAACCUCUACGUCAGCGUCGUCGCCAACUCGCUCGCCGAGAUGCCCGCCUACCUGCUCACCGCGCUGCUCCUCGACCGUUUCGGGCGGAAGCCGCUCGCCAUCGGCACCAUGCUGCUCAGCGGCGUCUUCUGCACCGCCGGGAGUCUCAUCGCCGGCGCUGGCAUCAUGAGGGUGGUGCGGAUGGCGUGCGGCGUGGUGGGCAUCUUCGGCAUGGCGGCGACGUACAACCUGCUGUUCAUCUACACGGCGGAGCUGUUCCCGACGGUGGUGCGGAACGCGGCGCUGGGGUGCACGGCGCAGGCGGCGCAGAUGGGCGCCAUCGUGGCGCCGCUGGUGGUGGUUCUCGGCGAGAGGGUGCCGUUCGCGGUGUUCGGCGCGUCGGGCAUCGUCGGCGGGCUGCUGGUCUUCUACCUGCCGGAGACGAUGAACAAGCCCCUGUACGACACCAUGGCCGGCCUGGAGGAAGGGGAGAAGACGACCCUUCUGGAGUGAGUGAGUGGAGGGGAUCGGAUCAACGGCAGUCGUUUGGAAGCUAGAAAUGGUCUUUCGAUCUUCUUGUAAUUUCGUGUUUCUGAAAGAAUGGAAGUUGUCGUCCACGUCGUGCGGUCGGAGGUGAGUUACGCGAAGCUGCAUUGGUCAGAAUGUACAUCUCCACGACCCAGUUUUCUGAUCAUCUGAAUGAUCUUUAGUUGUGUUCAUAUGCUUGGAGAGAUCAGCACCGAGGUAGCAUAUGCACAUGUUGCUUUCGGCAAGGAAGCCGGAGCUGGACUCAAACGAGUGGCAAGUGCGCAGUAAUCCUCAGUUCCUCGCAGGUUGCCAGCACGUGGAGAUAAAAUAAAAGCAAUGCAAGGUCUAAUUCAGACCAUGAUUUGUUUGGAGUGGACAGAGGACUCCAUGAUGGAUCGAGGAAUAGCUCUGAGAUACUGGAGUGGAGUGUUCAAGGUCCAAGCAAAGGGACAGGGAGGACGAAGCGCAGACCACGAUUGGGAUUACCGGGAAGGAACAUGUCAGUGAUGUCAAUUGUACCAUCGUGGUAGAGAUGCGAUGGGUUGUAACGGCCUAAUCCGCAACCAAGCAUAAAGAGUUGGUAAUGGGCCUCAGGGCCGGCCUUUUGUCAGCCCAUUA